AUGCCUUCCGGCGGUACUCCUGGUUCACCCGACGUUGCGCAUAUGCUACAGAGUCUGCUACAGCAAGUAUUUGGACCCAACUUUCGGCCAGGUCAAACCGGUGACGGGAAUGAACAACAGCAAGGACAACAAGGGCGACCGAAUGUGUUUGUAUCGAUGGGGGGCGCUAAUAAUGCAGCUGAAGGUGAAAACAUAGGAUCACAAACACCAUUAUUGACCAUUACCCAAAUACUUCAACGAGCGUUUGGUGACAACACACAAGGAAACAACACAACUGCAAAUCUUAUGAACCUCUUUCAAAUGGUAGGGGAUCCGCGGGACUAUGCAUGGGGUCCGGGAGGCCUUGAUCAGAUUAUAACACAACUAUUGGAGCAACAGGCUGCAAGGACAGCACCACCACCGGCACCAGAAGAUAUUAUAAAUAACUUGCCUAGGUCCAAAAUAACUAAAAAACAAGUUGUUGAGGAACAGUUAAACUGUCCCGUGUGCAAAGAAGACUAUAGUGAAGGAGAAGAAGUUGUUUCUCUCCCAUGUAAUCAUGCUUUUCAUGAUGAUUGUAUUAAACCGUGGCUGAAAAUGAACGGAACUUGUCCCGUAUGUCGAUACUCUUUAGUAAAACAGGAAUCCGAAGGAAGCGAUCAAAAUAAUGACGAUGGUUCACAAAACGGCCAUAACACAAACGCUAAUGCGAAUUCCAACUUACCGUCUUCCUCAUCGGGUGGGGGCGCAUGGUUCCUCCCUGGCUCAUAUCCAACACAACAACAAGAUGGGCGUCGGAACGAUAAUAAUGCUAACCACGAUAUAUUGGAUCCUGAAUCAAUGGAUUGA